GGACUGAAAGUGAUCGUGGUAGCAUGGCUGGUGGAGAUCACUCUUCUUAUGAUAAGCGUUGUGUUCAGGGUCAGCCAAGAGGACCAAGUUCUGAAAUCAACUUUCAGAGGCGAGUGGGAAAAGUGGGCGAAGGCAGUCAGGUACCGGCUGAUACCUGGUAUCUACUAA